AUGUUUGACCCAAUGAGCAACAUUUUAAAUGGACAUUUGAGUGGUAACAACAUAACCAGGCCUACCCAACUACCAGACGCAGCACAGAAGGAUCCAGAGUUUACCGUUGAUCGCAUCACUCUAUCGUUUUUCAAGAUUCCAUUUGAAGACCAGCUCCAGGCAUUCCAACCACCACCUCCUGAUGUGGCACAUGUGAUCAUUGCUACAAAUGUGGCAGAAAGUUCCUUGACACUUCCUAGAGUGCGUGUUGUGCUGGACUUUGGGAUACGCAAACAAAUAGUUUAUAACCCAAAGCAAAAGAUGAGAAUGCUGGAAUUACUGCCUUGCUCCAAGGCUUCCAUGGAGCAAAGAAAGGGUCGAGCUGGGAGAGUUUUUCCUGGUGUUUGUAUCCGAAUGUUCACAAAGAAGCACUUUGACAUGCAGGCCAAGUUUGAUAUGCCACAGAUGAGAAUUUCUCCACUUGAAAAAAUUGUGCUGGAAGUUAAAUAUAUAGGCAAGAAAAUAGCACCAGAGCUUCGCCCAACUGAGUUACUUCUGCAGACCAUAGAACCACCAGAUAUUGACAACAUAUAUGCUGCUAUAGAGAUGCUGGCAAACUUGGGAGCCAUUGAAGACAAUGAUGAAGAUGCCAGCAUCACAACCCUGGGUUUGUUAGACAUGCAACUGCCAGUGGAUCUGCACCUGACAUGUGUCAUCAUGUAUGGUGUUCUUUUUGACUGUCCCUGUGAUGGCAUUAUAAUGGCAGCAGCCUUGCAAGCCAAAGAUCCAUUCACCAUGCCAACAAAGAAGAUUCAGAAGGAAGAUGCACAGUUCAUCCGGUCUUUGCAUUCUAGCUCCAGUGCCCGCAACAAAUUUGAUAUGGGCUACUACAGUGAGCCUCUUAUGCUACGGCAAAUGUUCCUAGAAUGGCUUAAAACUGCCAGAAGGGGGCAGGAAGGUAGAAAUACUCAUAAAAAUGUACGAGCAGACUUCUGCCGUAAGUACCGUGUAGAAAGCAAGAGGCUGGGUCUUCUUGAAAAUCUUGUGCAAAAUCUUGCCUCAUGUGUGCUGUCUUUUUUACCAGAAGAAUCAAAGAAUGCUCUUGAUGUGCACAUGCUUUUGGAUAUUUUGUCAAGCCAAAUGGACAAGAGUCAUAAUCAGGACACUUCUAGGAGGGCUUUGGGGGGAAAAGGAAGGCAAGGUGUAGCUGGUCAUUUCUCUUCAGAGAUAGAAUGGCUUAGUAUAUUUUCCAAUGAUAUGGUAUUGCUUCAAACCAUAUUAACAGCUGGUCUUAGCCCAAUGGUGGCUUUUGGGAAAGUACAUGAAGGAGAGCAAGACAAAGAAGGUAUUAGACGAAGAGCUUUGACAGAAGCAAUGAAGAAGGCUGGUGUAGAUCCCACAACCUCUGUGGCAUUGGUUAAUCCCCCAACCAUAAUGCUGAAGAAACCAGAUUUUGCAACUCAAAUUUUGAAAAAGAUUGCAGAUCCUGAUGCUGUGAGGUUUAUUGGUUCAGAGAAAAUAAUUUUGGAUUAUAAUAAUGCCAUCAAAGCAUCAAAAAGAGGAGUUAUAAGAGAUAUCCCAUUGAAAGCUCACCUCCUAGAUCAGUUUGGGGAAGGUAACGAAACCUUCCUGGUAGAAGUGCCUGAAGAAUUGAAUGCCAGCAACACAGAGCAGCAAGAAAGUGAAUGUGAAGAUACAGAAAAUGAUUCCAAAAACACUGAUCAUAGCAAUGAAACCUUUAACAGUCGAACUGAACUACGCAGCCCAAAGCAGCCAUACCGAAUCACAUGGACAAUUCUCAGUAUAGCAGGGGCCCCUUUGAAGACCCCAGGAGAAAUGUUUGUGGCUGUUCCUUGUUGGAGGAACCCUAUAGGAUUUUCUUGUGACACCACAAUGCAGGAACACUAUGGGGUAUUCUAUCAUUUUGUUUCCGGUAGUAGAGUGAGUGCCUGGGUUAAUGGAUUUACUGCUCUACCAUGUGAAUAUGACAAUCUUUGGGCUAUGGUUCUCUUGCUUACCUUUCACAAGAGCAGUUAUGGGGCAACUUGGAAAGUUGAUGUAGAGAGUGGACGCAUUGUAUCAGCCACCAUCUUUGAACACGAGUUGAAGUUCACAAAAAAGCACCCAUUGACCCAUCCUAUCCUUCUGAAAAUAAAUGAAGUGAGACAAAAGAUAUCAGGUUUCCUCUCUAACUUGAGUCCAUUUUUGAUGGAGCUUAUGGACUUGGUGGAAACUUCUAGUAUAGCUGUAAGCCCGGAUGACAAUAAUACAACAGCUGAUGGUGAUGACAGUAGAGAGAUGGAGAAAAUCGGUGAAUUGGAAGAUAUGCCUGUGACUGAAGUAGCAUUUACAUCAAAGGAGAGUGCUGGAGGUGGGUCUGAUAAGUUGGAAAAUAUGGAUGCAGUUAAUACAAAAACAUCCUCAAGCAAGAGAACAAUAAAGGAAACAGAAAGAAAAAGAAAGGAUGCCACAACAGUGACUGUCAAUGCAUUUACUGUUCCACAAGAAACGGGCAUCUUUACAUACUUGGUGCCUUAUGAUACUAGGGUAUUUGAUGAAACUUAUAUAAAAACUUUGCGAGAGACAAUGAAGGCAAUUCAACCUUGUAGUGCCUUAGCUUCAGAUGCAUUGAAGAAACUUGCAGCAUUGGAAGAGGAAGACGAAAGAGAAGAAGACAUCAGAAGGGAAUAUCUACACAAAGCAAGUGAAGACGAACUACUUGACUGUAUUAUUGCAAUACUAGAACUGCACAAACCACCUACAAACACUGUUUCUUUCAAAGAACUUAGCAGAACCCCUAGUGUGAAGAGAUUGGCUGAUCAGCUGCGAGGCCAGUCAUUUGGUGACUUUUCUUGGCAAAGGUUUUUUGAUAGGAUGAUAAAACAAGGUUUACUUCAUGUUACUCUUGACAAGGAAGGGGAAGAUGUAGUAGUUCAGCUGCCAACUUCUGAUAUAAUGUUACAAGGACAACCAUCAUCACGUAACUUAGCACAGCAAGAUGUGCUCUAUGUUAGGACUGUCAAGAAUGGAGAAGAUGAAGCAGUAGAUCUGCCAGUUUCUGACAUCAUGCUACAAGGACAAGCAUUAUCUGUUGAAAUUGCAGAGCAAGAUAUGCUUGAUAUUACACAUGUCAAGAAUGCAGGAGAUGCAAUAGUUGAUACUCCAGCUUCUGAUAUGAAACAAGGACAGCUAUCAUCAGAAGAAUUAUCACAGCAAGAUUUGCUUGGUUUUACAUUUGUCAAAAAUGCAGAAGAUGCAGUAGUUGAUCUUUCAGUUUCUAGGACAAAGUUUCAAGGAAAACCACAAUUGGAAGGAAUGGCAAAACAAGAUGUGCUUAAUGUUACUCUUUUUCAGAAUGGAGAAAAUGCUGCUAUUGUUGAGAGACCAUCUUCUUGUACAAUGUUGGAAGAGUAUGGUCAGUUGGGCACACUGACAGAGGUAUCCAGUACACUGAACAACCAAUAUCAUGCUGAUUUGGCCGAAAGUAUUGAAUCUGUGUUGCAAACCUCUAGGUUCCCAGUUACAUUGUCUUGUUUGAAAAAGCAUCCUGAUGUAGAGAGUCAUUUGUUCUUGGUGAUAGAACAUGAACCAUCUUACACAUUAACCAAGUGCAUUGAAGAACAUGGACAUUUGUUUAGGAUGGUAAAGAUCUGGAACACUGAAGCUGUAUGUUUGAACAAAGCAGAGGAUACAGAUUGUGCUAAUGUGACACCAAUUGUCACCUUGAGCCAUUUUGAAGGUGCCAAAGAGCCUACCAUUCAGUCCAGUACGUUAACUGGCGACCCAAGUGGCCCAAGCCAGUUUCAUGGUGCUAAAAGGGCACACAUACAGGUUGAGUAUAAAAAGCAAGAAAAAGGUGAAGCUGAUGCUGCUGGGGCACUUGUCAUGGAGGAAGACAGGGAAGAUAAAAGAAUUGGCAUUAAAGCUUCAGGAGCUCCUGCUGUUGAGACACAUAGGAAAUGUGAUGUUAAAGUUUCUGCAAUGCUUCAUAUGGAGCAAAAGAUUAAAGAUGAAAAAAAGCUUAAAGCACAUGCUUCAAAGAUAUCAUGCAUGACACCUCAUGGCCCUGAUUUGAAUGAUGAAAAAGAUGAAGCUGCUGGACUACCUACUGUGGAAGCACAAAUGAAAGAUGAAAAUACCAAGAGGGAAGUUACCUUUGUUUCCAGUGUGCCAUCACAGGGUCUUGGUUUUGGUGGUGGAAAAAGUGCAUUACCAGUUAGCCCAAGGCAUUUCGGUUUAGGGGUUAAAGAGACCUGCAUUGUACCUGGGAGUGAAAUGCAGACUGGUAUGACAAAUGAAACCCAUACAGAUCAUAGUGCUUUUGAUCAGGAGAAAUACAUUUUGACUCAGCAAAUAGUUGAACACUUAUCACAGGUGAAGGAGCCAGUAUUGCUUUCAGCCUUGGGUACAGUGCCUUCUGUAAGAUGUAUUGUACUGAGCAUAAGAGCCAAACAUAAAAAGGGUUUCAAGCUGAAGGAUCACCUCUUAGAAAAUAACCAGUUCUUGUUGAGUCAUGUGAAAGGUGCUGAUUUUGUGCAGAUAAAAGAUGUCAAAAGGAUGCAGGGAGUAUCUGCAGUGCCUCCUUUGGAGAAAAAGAUGAAAGAUGAAGAAAAGAUUAAGGCACAUGUUACAAUAAAACAAUUCAUGACCCCUGGCUCUGGUUUAAACUUUGAAAACGAUGAAGCAUAUGUUGCUGGGGCACUUGUCAUGGAGGAAGACAGGGAAGAUGGAAGAACUGGCAUUGAAGCUUCAGCAGCACCUGCUGUGGAGACACAAGGGAAAUGUGAUGUUAGAUUUUCUGAAAUGCCUUAUAUGGAGAAAAACAAUAAUAGCAAAGAAAAGCUUAAAGCACAUGCUACAGUGAUGUCAUGCAUGACAUCACACGGCUCUGAUUUAAAUGAUGAAAAAGAUGAAGCUGCUGGACCACCUACUGUGGAGGCACAAAUGAAGGAUGAUGAAAAUACCAUGAGGGAAGUUACCAUUGUGCCAUCACAGGGUCUUGGUUUUGAUGGUGGAAAAAGUAAAGGUAACUCUGUUGAAGCACCUAAAGAAGAGAUACAAAGGAUAGAUGAUAUAAAACCAAAGAAGAAAGUGACAAUGGUUCCCUAUGUAAAACCACAGGACCAGAUGGUUAAUGGAAAUAACAAAGUUGAUGCAGCACAUGCUACAAAGAUACCAUGGAUGAUACCUCAUGGCUCUGAUUUAAAUGAUGAAAAAGAUAUAGCUGCUGGACCACCUACUGUGAAGGUACAAAUGAAAGAUGAUGAAAAUACCAAGAGGGAAGUUACUGUUGUUUCCAGUGUGCCAUCACAGGGUCUUGGUUUUGAUGGUGGACAAAGUGAAGGUAAAGCCGCUGAAACAACUGCUGUGGAGAAACAAAGGAUAGAUGAUAUAAAACCAGAGAAGAAAGUGACAGUGAUUCCCUGUGUGCAGUUAUCAGAGAGCCCAGGUCAGUCUGCUGAUGCCCCUCAGCCCAGUGCAUUACCUGUUAGCCCAGGUGGUCCAAGCCAAUUUGUUUUUGAUGUUAAGGAGGCCUGCACUGUAACUGGGAGUGAAAUACAGACUGGUUUCAAAAAUGAAACCCACAGAGAUCAUAGUGCUUUUGAUCAGGAGAAAUUCACUUUAACUCAGCAAAUAGUUGAACACUUAUUACAAGUGGAGGAACCAGUAUCCCUUAGUACACUGGGUACAGUGCCCUCUGUUAGAUGUAUUCUUUUAAGCAUAAAAGCCAAAUAUGAAAAGAAUUUUAAACUGAAGAAUCACCUCUUAGAAAAUAACCAGUUCUUGUUGAGCCGUGUGAAAGAUAUUGAUUUUGUGCAAAUGAAAAAUAUCAAAUACAUCUUGACACGGGAAAUAGUUGAACACUUAUCAAAAGUUAAGGAGCCAGUAUUGCUUUCAGCCUUGGGUACAGUGCCUUCUGUGAGAUGUAUCCUUCUAAGCUUAAGAGCCAAACAUAAAAAGAAUUUUAAGCUGAAGGAUCACCUCUUAGAAAACAACCAGUUCUUGGUGAGCCAAGUGAAAGGUGUUGAUUUUGUGCAGAUGAAAGAUGUUAUUGGAAGGAAACAGGGAGUUUCUGCAGUGCCUGAUAUGGAGAACAAGAUGAAAGACGAGGAAAAGCUUAAAGCACAUGCAACACCUCAUGGCCCCGAUUUGAAUGAUGAAAAAGAUGAAGCUGCUGCGCCACCUACUGGCAUGGCACAAAUGAAAGAUGAUGAAAAUGCCAUGAGUGAAGUUACCAUUGUUUCCAAUGUACCAUCACAGGGUCUUGGUUUUGAUGGUGGAAAAAGUAAAGGUAACUCUGAUGAAACACCUACAGUAGAGAAACAGAGUAUAGGUGAUGUAAAACAAAAGAAGAAAGUGACAAUGGUUCCCUAUGUAAAACCACAAGACCAGGUGGUUAAUGGAAAUAACAAAGUUGAUGCAGCCAAUUUAGUGACAGUGAAAACUCUCCCCAUGAAUCAUGAGCCACCUGUUGGAGCCAGGUUGAAGGAGACUGGACAGUUGUUAGAUGAAGACUAUCAGUAUUUUGCUCAGUUAGUGAAACAGCAUUUAUCUAGAUGGGAACAGGACUCAAAUAGGGCCAUGACACUGAGCCAGCUUGAGGAGAAUGCUGACAUCAGGGAGCAACUGAAGCUCAUGAGAGAGAAAUGCAGUGCUGGUUUGGAAUUGAGAACAAUUUUUAGAAGGCUUGGUAAAACCUUUGCAUUAGAUGACAAUGGGGCUUUGAGGUUUACACGGGCCUGUAUACAAAAGGAAGCAUAUGAGAGAGAGAAACAGCUCUUGACUCAGUUAGUCAAGAGUCAUGUAACAGCAACCAUAUUGCCAAUAAGCCUGGAAGUGCUUGCCCAACAGGUGGAUAUAGAGAGGCAGUUGAAAAAGAUGGAAAUCUACAAAAACAUGAAAUAUACACGUGAUGAAAAUAUAGAUUUGGUUGACAUACUCGGAGGCUGUGGGGACACCUUUGAAGUCAUAGAAAGUAAAAAGAAGUUUCUUGUAAGAUUAUCUAGUGCUGAAGUGAAGACAAAUGCAGAAUCAUUUGCAGAAGACAAAAUUAGGUUGGGGCUGUUAGUGAAAAACCACUUGUUAGAGACAGGCACUGGUGGGCCAAUGAAGCUUGUCGAGCUUUGUCAGAAGGCUGAUGUGAAGGAGAAACUGCUUUUCAUGAAGGCCAAGUACAACAGGAAUGAUCUGAACUUGCUUCACAUUAUUUCCAUUUUUGGGGAAGUCUUUGUGUUGCAAAAUGUAGACCAAAUGGAGGCUGUAAGGUUAACAAAAUCUGCAUUAAGAAGGGAAAAGGAAGUGUUAGAUACAAAACUGUUGAAGAUAGCAAACAGAAAAUAGCACAGCUUGAGGAACUCCAUUUGCCAAGUGGUUAUGCAGUUGGCUGUGAUUAAUCACCAAGUUGAUGGAAGGAAGGGGAUGAGUAUUCUACAAACAAAUAAUAAUAAUGAAAUAAAGAAAUAAUAAGUAUAAAUAUGAUAGACAUUCUCAAAGAAAAUGUUGAGAAAUUCAUAUUCAUUACUGUUGUUGGAUUGGAAGUAGUUUUAACAAGGCAGCAGAGCUGUCAAAUGUGUGUCAAAUCAUAUUUAGACAGGGCAUCUUGGGUUGAUUGUAGAUUCAUUGUGUGCUUCACUAUGUGAAGAUGUUUACUAAUGCCUGUUUUUGCCAAAAAAUGUUUGUUAGGGUAUUUUUAAAAUAUUGUUUCUUUCCAUGGUUUGUAAAUAAUUUACUU